AAACACACACUUUCGAAUCAUGACUACAGGAUGACAAUUGGUAAUGUCCAUAACCCAGGUGAAGUUAAGGUCUCUGGUGUCGGAGAAACAACCUCAGAACCUGACUGCUGCAAAGUAGAGAUCUUAGUGUGCUCCAAAAAACCUACAUGCACUUUAGCUGAAGAGAGCGCAAGAAAAAGAGCUGAAUACGCUCGACAAGUAAUUUAUAACCGACAUCUCAAAAAGUUCAAUGUUGUCGAGCACUUCGAUACGGUCACAGAAGAUAAUGGUGUGAACGCUGUGUAUAAGUUUGAGAUAACGACGUGUGACAUUUCUGGAAUGAAAAGCCUUUUGGGAUAUCUUAAGUCCAAAUUACCAGCAUAUAUAAGACUUGGAACCGUGGAGUGCUUCUAUUCAAAAAAGCGGAUGUUUGAACUACGCAAAGAAGCUGUUGAACAAGCCGUUUCAGAUGCUAAACAUAAAGCUGAAUUAAUUGCAUCGGCAUUUGGACAAAGAAUUCAGGGUUUGAUCAAUGUUAUUGAGGAUGAAUGUGAUGUUACUGAUGAGCAGCUGCAAAUAACUACACCAAGAUCAAAUAACUUCAAUGAUUACCAUCAAUUAAAACAACCGAACGAUAAAAACAAUAUCGAUAGUGGCGUCGGUCAAUCGUAUGAGCGGCCAUUCGACUGGAGUAAGCCAUUACGCAAUGCUCAAAGACAUAUACGGAUAAAAUUACAUAUUAUCUGUGCUUUAAGCAAUUUUAAUAACUAAAAAACGAUUCAAAAAACUAGUGUUUCUUAAACAAAUUAAUAUAUUAUUUGCUUUAACGAACUAAUCUUUAGGAUUUUAUGAGAAUAGUUAAUCAUCAUCCGAGUAUCAAAUAAUUUUCAAAGAAGUCCAUUCCAUAUUUGAUUAUUUAUGAAAAAUAAUUAUUUAACGACUCUAGUUUUCAUGUUGCUUGUUAUUCAAAUCAAAUUUUUUUUAAGGAAUUUUCAACAUUUAUGUACACACUGACCAUUUCUUUAUGACAAUAGGGCACUGGAAAUUCUGAUUAAAAUAAAGAUACAUGAAUUC